AUGCUGUUGAAAUUAGAACACAGCGCCAAGUCUUUCCCUCCACUCUAUGCCGCUGUUAGAGAAAUCACUGCGUGCACAAGUAAUAUUAAUGAAAGCGCCCAGCUCCUUGAGGAAUGCAAGCAACAAGCAGAGGAGGUCGAUGUAUUAAAACAACUCGUCCGUGAGCUCCAAAUCGAUUCUGGGGCUGCUGAAGAUGAACGCGAUCGUAUUUUAGGACAUAUUGAAGAAGCUUUUGGGACAGACAAAAGGGAUUUUCGUGGUAAAACAUUGCAGAUGUUUGAGUUGAAACGCCGCCGCCGAUGUACCGAAACACAAUUUCGCCAGCUACAAGUGGAGGCGAUUAAGAUUCUUCGGAAAGAUUUGCGCAUGCAAUCGCAGAUGUCCUUACUUCAACGUCUCUCUCCUGUGGAACGCGCACGGUAUAACUCCAGUGACUUAUCAGUACUCGAGCAACUAGGCCUUCUUGAAGAAGGACUCACAACCUUGCGCGAGGAACUAAAUGAUUGGGCACACGACCAAGGCUCAUCGAAGAUUUACUGGGUGACUGGGGUAGAUAAAACUAAGGUUGUAUAUGAUCUGUGCAAACGCCUCGACAAGAGUGGGAAACUCGGUGCCAGCUUCUUUUGUUCUGCGAACUCCCCCUCUUGUGGGGAUUGCAGGCGGAUCGUUCCCACAAUAGCGUACCAGCUUGCUCGAAACUCAUCCGAGUUUCGGUCAUAUAUCUGCGACCUUCUUCAGAAUGACCCGGACAUUGGGACCCUCAACGUGGGGCAGCAGCUGAACGCUUUAAUACCAGAUUGGUCACACUUUGGCCCGACCGACGAGACAACCGUGGUUGUAAUUGAUGCCUUGGACGAAUGUAAAAGCCGAAACGAAGUAGAUCUGAUAAUCAAGGCACUAUUGAGUCGGGACAAGCCUCUCCCGUUCAAAGUUCUAGUAACCAGUCGACAUGUGCCAGCUCAAUUGGACAAAGUGCUUGAGGGUGGUGGUCUGCCUCCCUCCCUUAUACGAUUGAAUAACUGCUCGAGCCAUUACCCCACGCAAUCUGUUCAGAGACGGAGCACACAAACAGCAGGAUGCGCCAGACUCACAACCCCUAAAACACAUGUUGAUGCAUUGUCCCAGGAACACACACAUACUGAGCCUCCGGGAAUGUCGGGCCAAACGACGUUAGAAAAUAUUUUAGUAAAAGCGGAAAGGAAUAGAUCACAACAAGAAAUGGACCUGACAUCGGUGCGAUCUGGCAUAGUGGCCGAGAAUUUUAGCUCCACUAGGUCCUUCGAUCGAUCAGUGGUUGGUUCGAUGACAAAGUCGUCUUUCUUUCAGCAACUCGGAAUAAUUGUCUCGCUUAACAAACACCUGCACAAGACAUACCGCUUUCUCCGAACGCAUGAUAGGAAGCACCCGGAAAGACCAAGACUACGCACUCAGGUUACUCUCAGUGGUUCACCGGAUCGUCGACUCCCUUUUGUUUCACGCAAAGUACGCGAAGUGGUUUCAAAGUCUGAGAAUCAAAACUACUGUGAACACAUUGAAAGAUGGAGAGAGAUCAUGCUUUCUAAUCUACGGGCAAUACCUCCCCGCUUUCCGGUGGCUGCGGACCAACCUAGGAUUGUCGUGAAUACAAAAGAAGUCAAAGUUAUGAUAAAGUCCCUGAUACCAACUGGCAACUAUACUCCAGGUGCACAGUUGCCAUCCCCGGCUCUAUCUGAACUGAACCUGUGCACAUCCGUGCCGUUACCAACACAAGCGGCGCGAAGUCAAGGAAGGGAAAUCGGAAUAUCACAUGCACUAUCAGGCUUUCAACCACUCGAGCAUUGGUGCUACCUUGCGGUCGGCUUAAUUUGUAGGUUGUCGGCUGAUACUUGGACACGGAAGAUAUCCGCUGCAUUCACUCCGGCGUUAUCUCAAGCGAAAGUGCUCCGAUUCCGAUCCCCUCCGAGCAACAGCUACGCUCCAAAAAACUUCCCUCUUGUCAACUAUCGUAUUUAUAUGGACACAUAUAUACACAUCAGCGAUGAACCGACUAUCAGAAUUCUGUCACUUGAUAAAGUGAUAUCUGAUACGCAUGCACAUGUGGCAGACAUUUCAUCCAGCAAUCCUACGGAGAACCAUCCGUCAAGAUCAUACUAUCCUAGCUCUGCUAUCAGCUUCUCAUGCAGAGUCAACGAUGAGAGGGGCCACUCUGUCAUGCCUUUGAGCAUUCGCCAAACUGUGUUACUAUCAGUUAUUUAUAAUUCCAACAUGCCUAUAGGCGAGCUUUGCCGGUUCAUAAGUAUCAGUUACAACUGGCCAAAGUCCACAGUGACUAUCUUAGGCCCAUUCGCAACCCGAGCACUGCUGCUUGAAUUGAUGAGACACGGGAACAAAUCUCAACUGGCUUAUCUAGGGGCUAGGGUGGACUUCGAUGCCAAUAUACUUUCUAGGUAUUUCUCGGAACACUUCUAUGCCUUGGCAAGGGCGACCGAAACCUUUCGUAUCUCAAUGGGUCGAGACUGUCAUGAAAGUUCGCGUGUCGCUAUAACUAUGGACGCCGGGCUUCUGCUCUCACUGGAGCCGGGAUCGACCACAAGUGGGUAUCCUGGAACCGUCUUUCCUCCUUCUUCAGGCGACCCCAGUGGUGUACCAAAAUUCGACAACAAGGAAGAAGACGAGAGUGUUUUACGAUGGAUCGAGUGCAAAGCCCUUUUGCUCACUAUCUGGAAAGAUAUCCCUGCAGUGCCUUGCGUCGCGUCACGACGGGCAUGGGCUCUGGCACAUGGGGUAGACCCCGCUCGCGUUCACAGUUGGUUUAAAAGUAAGAAAGCAGUACGCAUGCGAAACGGUCUGAAGUAUCACCCCGAUGAUAAUUACUCGCUACAAUCAGAGGACGUGGUGGCAGAGGAUUCAUCAUCGAUCCCCCCUGUGCCGUCUUUAGACCAACUCUCUAGUCCCAGGUACCUUCCAAUGUCAUCACCCAGCCCUCAAACUCCGAUGGAUAUGGUUGAUGAUUGCCCGGCUACUCUUCCAUCUAUUCGCACGUUAGAAAAGGCUCAAAUCGCUUAUUCCAAGCCUCUGGAAGCUUGGGACUCUACGCCUCAUCCACCUCCCCUUUUCCACAGCACGCACUUCGGCGGAGUCAAGAAUCAGCUAACUGAGGAGGUUAAACUCACCGACCGGCCAGCUCCUUCAUCACAGAAGAAACGCAAGGUUGUUCUCCGAGUGGUUCCAGAGACCGAGGACCGUUCAUCCAGAGGACCUCGCCAAUGUGCCAAAAACUCGAAUCCAACGACUAGAUUAGCUCAACCCAAGAAAAGGGGUCGACGCAAGAAGGUUCCCAAGGUCGAAAUAACGGAUACAGAGAAUGAGAUUUCGGCUCCACACCAGCCUCAGCCUCAGCUCGGGAUGGAUCAAACAUGCUCUGUGAUGAUUUUACCUCCGGGUCUUCCUGCAGGUUUCCAUAAUUCACCAUACAUUGCAUACAUUCACCCGUCCAUGGCUUUUGGCAAUGGUAUGACCAUGGCCGCCGCUCCUCACCUUUCUUCGCAACCGUUUGGCAAUAUGAUGUACAAUCCGUUCACGGGCGCGCCUCUUUUCAACAAUCCCCUAAUGCACUCCCCUAAUCUUCAGAUCCAACCACACCAAUCGAUGCUUUUUAAUGGAGGAUCAGAUCCCGGCUUCCCUGGGCAAAUGUUACCCCAGGUACCCGUGCUUCCUUCACUAGGCUCUGACUUGAAUGCACCCGGAAACGCGAUCGUGCCUUCGAUGGAUCAGGCCUCGUUCUUUGGAAAUCCUCAAAACUAUCCGUCAGGGAUGCCUAUUGAUGCGGGAGCAGUGUCCCAAACCCCACUCGAACCAAUGGUGUCGAUUUUGGACUUUCUUAACGAGCCACUAAGCGCCGGAUGGACCUACCCUAGUUUGUCGGCUUGA